UGGUUCUGUGGCCGCGCGGGGCGCCGCCGAGCGCCGGGCGGCCCGAACAGCGGGGCCGGCGGUGAGGCGGGAGCGACAAAGGCGCGGGCGGCCGGCGGACCCUCCGCCGCUCUCGCCACUUCGGGAAGUUUCGCGGGCCGGUGGUUCGGCCAGCGACGCGAGUGCGAAAGCGCCGAAAGACCGAGUUUCCUGGGCGACACCUCGCGGGAGGCGGCGUCCGUGAAGCGGAGCGCGGCCUUGAGCGCUGGGGGCGAUGCACUGUGACUUUGAACUCUGGCGCCCCCAGCUCAGGGGGCUGACGGGCCGCAGCCCCGAGCCCUCCCGACUCAGCCCUGGAGGGGUGUCUUCUCCAGAGAGCCGGCGACCCCGACCCAGCCCUCGUGAGGACGUCCAAGCGUGUCAGCCCUCAGCCGCGCGGAGGAGGAGACCCUGACAUACGUGCCUGCGGCGCCGGGCAGCGAACGAGAGCAGUGUUCCCGCGUGGGAUGUGGCGGAAACACUGCGUGGAGCGGUUGUCUAAAACUUCGGGCCGCUUGCUGUGGUGAAAAGCCGCGCUGAGUGCCGGCGGGUCCCGGUUAUUUCUAGGGCCGGUUCCGCCGUCAACCAGCCAGGGACCCUGUAAAUCCCUGGAAAACGUGGCGAGCAGCUCGGUGAUAGGGCCUGGCCCGGGCGUUUUGCGAACGCCGAGAGGAAACGGUGGACCCUGCUGGGAGGUUGUGGGACCUCCCACACUUUUACCUUGCUUGAAGGAAGACCGCUGAGACUUGGCCUUGCUUUGUUUCGGUUUUCGUACCCUUUGAAACAGAUAAUUACCAUGUUUAGGUAUUAGCAAGCACAUAUGUGUAUGUCUGCAUUUGAAAAUGGCAGAGGGAAAUAACAACAAGGAGGUAAUUCACUUCAACUUUCGCUGCCACCAGGGACAAGACUGGAUCAGUCUCAGAGAUGGACCUAUCACCAUAUCUGAUGACUCAGAUGAGGAAGGGGUUCCAAUGCUGGUCACUCCAGCUCCUCAUCAACAUGAUGAAGAGGACCUAGAUGAUGAUGUCAUCCUGACGGAAACAAGUAAACCUCAAACCUCCCGACCCAAUCUCAUCAAACCAGCUUCUCAGUGGCAAGAUCUCAAAAGUGUGGGAGAAGAAAAGCCUAAAAAGUCUAGCGCAGCCUUUGACUCAAAUAAGAACAGCUAUUUUUCAGUGUAUAACAGCUCAUUGUUUAAUUCUGGGACACAGGAUGAUUCUGAGGAUGACUACGGUGAAUUUCUGGAUCUUGGGCCUCCUGGAGUGUCUGAAUUCAUUAAGCCGAGUGGCCAAACAGAAAGAGAACCCAAGCCUGGACCAAGUCGUAACACAGUAGCAAAUGAUAUUGUCAAUCCCAGAUCCAGGCCAAAAAUCUUUAUCUGGGAAGAAAAUAGCUUUCUUUAUCAAGAAAGUGAUCCUUUGGACGCUCAGAACCAGUCAUCUGAAGACUCAGAGACAGAGCUUUUAUCAAACCUUGGAGAUUCGAAUGCUAUCCUAGAUGAUCAGACCAUCGAAGAAGACUACUGGUUAGACCAUCGUUACUUCCAGUCUCUAAACCAACAGCCCCAUGAGAUAACAAACCAGGUUGUUCCUCAGGAGCGGCAGCCUGAAGGAGAACUGGGCCCCAUGUUGUAUCAGCAUGAACCCCCAGGGCUGGCUUUUCCAAGGCCGGCUUUUCCAAGACCAGAACCCCAGCAGGAUGGAAUUCCAGGCCGCUCUUCUCCUCAGCCUGCCCAUCCUCUAGGAGAGCUUGAAGACCAACAAUUAGCAAUAGAUGAGGAUGAGCCAGGUCCAGCUUUUCCACUGCAAGGACCUCAGGAGCCCAACAUGGAAAAACUUUGGGGCCAAGAAGCUCCUGAGGUAGAUCAAGAAGUCGUUGCACUAUUAGUGAAAGAAACAGAAGCAAGAUUUCCAGAUGUAGCACAUGGAUAUAUUGAGGAAAUAAUUCAUUUGAAGAAUUAUUUUGAUUUGAAUGUACUUUGUAAUUUUCUUCUGGAAAAUCCAGAUUAUCCAAAGAGAGAAGAUCGAGUCGUUAUCAACCCCAGUAGCAGCCUGCUUGCCAGCCAAGAUGAGACAAAGUUGCCUAAGGUAGACUUCUUUGACUAUUUUAAGUUGGCUCCUCUUGACCAGCGCUGUUUCAUCCAAGCUGCAGACCUCCUGAUGGCCGACUUCAAAAUGCUCAGCAGUCAGGACAUCAAGUGGGCCCUGCAUGAGCUCAAAGGACACUAUGCAAUCACCCGAAAGGCCUUUUCUGAUGCCAUUAAAAAAUGGCAGGAACUAUCGCCAGAAGCCAGUGGAAAAAGAAAAAAGAGAAAAGAAAUGAAUCAGUAUUCUUACAUAGAUUUCAAAUUUGAACAAGGUGACAUAAAAAUAGAAAAGAGGAUGUUCUUUCUGGAAAAUAAGCGGCGACAUUGUAGGUCCUAUGACCGACGCGCCCUCCUUCCAGCUGUGCAGCAAGAGCAAGAAUUCUAUGAGCAGAAAACCAAGGAGAUGGCAGAGCAUGAAGACUUUUUGCUUGCUCUGCAGAUGAAUGAAGAACAAUAUCAAAAGGAUGGCCAGCUGAUCGAGUGCCGCUGCUGCUAUGGGGAGUUUCCAUUUGAGGAGCUGACACAGUGUGCAGAUGCCCACUUGUUCUGCAAAGAGUGUCUCAUCAGAUAUGCCCAGGAGGCCGUCUUUGGAUCUGGAAAGUCAGAGCUUAGCUGCAUGGAAGGCAGCUGCACGUGUUCGUUCCCAACCAGCGAACUGGAGAAGGUGCUUCCCCAGACCAUCCUGUACAAAUACUAUGAGCGCAAAGCCGAAGAAGAAGUUGCUGCCGCCUAUGCUGAUGAGCUUGUCAGGUGCCCCUCCUGUAGCUUUCCUGCUCUGUUGGACAGCGAUGUGAAGAGAUUCAGUUGUCCCAAUCCUCGCUGCCGAAAGGAAACCUGUAGGAAGUGUCAGGGACUCUGGAAAGAACACAGUGGCCUCACCUGUGAAGAGCUGGCUGAAAAAGAUGACAUCAAGUACCGAACAUCUAUUGAAGAAAAAAUGACUGCUGCCCGCAUUAGAAAAUGCCACAAAUGUGGGACUGGCCUCAUCAAAUCCGAAGGCUGCAACCGCAUGUCUUGCCGCUGCGGUGCCCAAAUGUGCUACCUCUGUCGAGUAUCCAUCAAUGGGUAUGACCAUUUCUGCCAGCAUCCUCGCUCUCCAGGAGCUCCCUGCCAAGAGUGUUCGAGAUGUUCUCUCUGGACCGACCCCACUGAAGAUGAUGAGAAGCUAAUUGAGGAAAUCCAGAAGGAGGCCGAAGAGGAACAGAAAAGAAAGAACGGAGAGAACACCUUCAAACGCAUCGGGCCCCCCUUGGAGAAGCCUCCAGAGAAAGUGCAGAGGGUGGAAGCCCUGCCGCGGCCGGUCCCGCAGAACCUGCGCCAGCCACACAUCGCCCCCUACGCCUUUGUGCACCCGCCCUUCCCCCUCCCGCCGGUCCGGCCUGUAUUCAACAACUUCCCCCUCAACAUGGGCCCCAUCCCAGCGCCCUACGUGCCGCCUCUGCCCAACGUGCGCGUCAACUAUGAGUUUGCCCCCAUGCACCUGCCCCUGGAGCACAACUUGCCCAUGCACUUUGGCCCCCAGCCACGGCAUCGCUUCUGACACCUGAGUCCUGGCCCUCCUGGGAGCCCCGCUGAGCAGCCGUGUGGGGUGGGGGCUGGCUAGACUCCCCUUCACCCCAAAGCCAGUGGCCCUGCCCAUGCCUUCCAGGUAGGGAUGGCAAGCUUGGCUCUUAAAAGGAUACACUGGUCUUCCCAGUCCUCCCUGGGAGGGGCCACUGCCCCUUGAAGAGUGGCCAGCAGCUAGUGGUGGCUGGGCCAAAGGUAAGAGGGCAGCAACACCCACUUCCUGAAGUGUUCUGCCAUCCUAGCUUGCCAGUGCAGUGGCCCUGCCCACAAGGUAGCCCAUCUCUGCUCUGUCACCCAUGCCCCUGCAGAAAGAGACAGGGGAGAUGUUUGCCUCCAUCCCUUCCCCAGCAGACAACAGAAUUAUCUCAGUUAAAAACCACGUAGGCCUUCCUUACUGCAGCACAGUCUGAUCCGUAAUAAAGCUGAAGGAGCUAAGAGUACUCUUUGGAGAGAGCUGAGACACGAACCAAGCCUCGAAGGCCGGGUUCUCCUGUUCUCCUCACACUAAGGCCCACCUAGAGUUAGGGGCGCUCUGCUGCUCCGAGCCAACUAGUCCACAUGAAGAGGUGGCAGAGUGGUGUCCACAGAUCCGGGAGCAAGGUGGGGAGGCUACAGACCGUGUCCCCCAGGCCGCCACCCUGGUCAGUCUUCAGGGGUCUGUUCUCAUCCCUCUUGGCCCACGCAGAUGAGAACAUCUUGUGCUGUGGGUUCUGUUCCACGUAGCUUAUCUAAAGAAAUGUUUGCUUUUCACUCACUUUGAACUUACCCAGUUUUCGAUGGCCCACUAGACUCUCCCUCAGUCUGGAAAGUCAAAUAUGUUAUACUAAUUCAGGCAGCCUGUGUGGUCGGCAUGGUCCUGAAACUUGCCAAACACCACACCCCUUUGAGGCAACUGUGACGGGUCUGGUGGCUCUCCCAGGUAGCCCAAUUACUGGGGAGCCUUCUCUGCCAUCAACCAGGCAAUGAACAGCUCCCCUAAGGUUUGAUGGGGCCAGUGGGUUUCCCCAGGGGGACAGAUGACCCAGAUUGUGCUCAGCGCCCACCCAGAAGCUGCCGUGGGGUGCUCUGCAGGCCCGGCAGCUGCCCUUUCCUGAGAUGAGUUCAGUCUAGCUCUGGGUCUGCACGGGGUCCCUGCCUGGUCUACUCCCUUUUCCUGUCCAGCCCCGCCCUAGUUUUGAGUGGCACCUGAAGCAUCACCCCACCCACCUUCCCUAAGUCACACACCAGCCUGUGCAGAGCUGAGGCCUCAGCUGACAGCUGCCUGGCUCCCUCUGUCCCCUGUUGGCAUUCCUGUUGCUAUAUCUGAUAACUGUGGGGUUGCCAUAAGUUGAGGGCGUGCCCAUACGCCUCAGAGGUGAGGGUGAGCUGCUGGCCCAUCACAGACACUGUCCCACCCUCCUGCAGCCAGGGACCUGCCUGCACCCAGGCCUGCUCACCACUGUCAGGACCAACUGUCACUGUGUAGUGAUCUGCCACUGGCUUCUCACAUGCCUUUCAAGGAUUAAAAUGGGGUAAAUCUGCCAAGUUGCCCUUUCUUGCUGCUUUUCCUCCAAGUGAGGGCUUUGCUGGCAGGCAGUCACCUGGCAAUGGGGUAGGGCCCAUGAGGACAGCGCUCCCCUGAACCUUCUAGUCUGCCUUAGUGGAUUCAUGCCACCUCUGCCCCACAGCCCCAGGCAUGCGGCUCCAGGGAGAGUCCAGGACAGCUGCCAAGACAGACCCUGGUGGAUGGCAUUCCCUGUCACUACCAUGCAGCUAGUCCCCCGGAAUCUGGAAUGGCGAAGGUCCCCCUGGCACAGGAACAAGGCCAGAACAGUGGUUUUCCCCCCCAAAACCAAACAAGGGUUUGCCCUUUGAGCAAAGUUUUGGUUGGUUGUAGACCCACAUGGCUGCUUGGGAGCCAUUCCUGAACCUCAGGCACCUGAUUCCAGACCUGGGGGCUCGUAGGUCUCUGGGUGUAGUAUAGUCGCUGUUCAGGAGAGGUCACUGCUGUGGGUUCUGACCCUGCAUGACCUUCUAGGCAUCUCAGUGUCCCGGGGGCAGACUCUGAACCCCAGGCUCCUGGAGAAGCAGCUCAGUCCGUACUAGUGACAGGUUUUGCAGAGAGAUGGGGCCAGUCUUCUGACAAGCCAGCAGGUGGCUGCAGGAUGCAAAUGUUAGGAAACCUGCAGAGAUCAGAGUCUAGGGGACAAAGCAGGAGGUGGCCUGGUACCUUCCCCUCUCUAGGCCACAGUGCUUGCUCCCAGAGCAAGAGACUGCCCAGUGACAGUCCUGUUCAACUUGCCUUAAAACUGGAGAGAGGAAUCUAGUAUUUGCACUUAGAAAAAAGAUUUUAAAACUUAAAAAAAUGCAUGACAUGUCACUUUGUAUAAAAAUAGCAAAAAUGACUAUUAAAUUUUUUCUUUACCUUCUGGUAGUAAAAGUACAUAAAAUCUGUUUCAACUACUGUAUGUAAAAAGCCUGUGUCAUGUACCCUGAACUUUUUGUAAAUAAAUGUGUGUGCACCCUGCUUCCUCUGGUUUCAUUUCUCCGCACAGCAGUCGGGCCGGCAAAUCCCUGGGGUGACAAGGUCUAAAAUCAACGCCGUGCACCAGAGUGAUCACAACAGGAUUGGUCCCGAUGUAGCAGCCCUGCCCGGGUAACCAGAGUCAUGCGUGCCGACUGGCAGGUCUCAACACACUACAGAGGGGCUUGGGCCUUUGCUUUCAAAAGGGAUUGCGUACCUUUCCCUGCAGCCUGCUUCCCUCCCUCUGCAAUCUGGAGUGCUCUGCAGAACCGGGAACCCAGAUGUGCAGUUUUCCAUCCUGCCUGGAGCCUUCGGAGGGAGGCGUGAUGAGCAAGCACUUCUACACCAGAGGCUCGUCCCUCCAGAGCCUCGUCCCUCCAGAGCCUCUUGCCGCAGGGACCACCAAUCACAGCGAAGGCAUCUGUUUCGUCAUCAGCAGCCAAUCAGCGCUUCCGCAGACCACUCGGGCAGCAAGGAUGGGAACGCCAGCUCCUCCAGGGGUGCUGUGUUAAAGGGGCUGCAGAAGGGCGAGCUCAGAGACCACAGCCUGCCACCUGGAGUCCCUGCUGCUGGCCACGUGGGGGUUGACUGCACUCAGGACCCAGCUGGUGGAAACGUGCUCAGCUUCUAGCCUGCAAGUGGGAAAAUGCCUCCCUCCCUCCCUCCCAGAGGUCCUGCUUUGAUUCUGAGGUAGGCCCCCCUCGCCCCCCACCCCCACUCCAAGCUUAGCCAUCCAGUCAACUACAGCAAGGCCUCUACCUGGGCCUUCACUUACUAUACAUCCCAACUGAGGGGGGACCUGAGCACCCCGUUUGAAGGGGUGUGGAUGGAUGCACACAGGCUCCCUGCAUUAAUGGGAAGGGGGCAGCCCAGGGCCCCAUAUCUCCUAGUUCUAGUCUAGGCACACCUGCCCCGCUUUUGUGGGCUUGCUCUCUACAUGCAGGCGCAGGCCCACCCCAAACGCCUCCUACUCCAGGCCUGUGAAAUAUUGGAGGCUGACCCACAGUCCACACCCUUGCAGGGCCCUCCUCUUCUUGGAGAUGUCAUGGCUGCUCAGACCACCCAUUGGAGCCCCGGGCCCACCCCUCCCCACCUGUCUUCAUCUCCAAGACACACACAGGCGACCUCAGUGCUGGACUUGCGUUAUUUUAUUUUGCUCUUUCCAGUCUGAAGCUACUAUCAUGGGCAUUUAGUUAUACAAAUGACACUUACAAAAAAAUAAAAGACCAAGACACUCAGUGAGAUGCAUGGUGGAGAUGAACCAGUCGGGGGGCUGGCAGGGGCAGUGCUGGGAGCCUGGGGCCAGAUGGCUCCUCACAGGUUCCCAGCUGAGGGUGACACCCGGCUUCAUCCCACCCCGAGACCCAGAGUCCAGUCAGACAAGGAGCACCCAUCACGCCCACUGGAGGCUCUGGCUGAGGCAGCGAGGGGCCCAGCACCACCAGGGAGGGACACAAGCCGGGAGCUGGGCGGGCAGGUGGGAGGGGGGCCAGUGAGCCCCUGGGGAGGUGGAGGCAGAUUCUGGAUUCAGGAAGGGCUCUACCUGCCCCACCACUAACUGGCAGAGAGGGAACCGAGGCCUGGAGAUGCCAUCCCAGACGCCCCCCCCACCCCCUACCUCCGCCCAGGCCCCUUGAGGACCCCUCAUGGCUAUAACCAGGCUUGCCUGGGCCGCCUCCAGCAAUAACAUUUCAUUAAAAAAAAAAAAA